AAUAUUUCAUAAAAUAAAAAUGUUCGAACCCGCUCUCAUGCCAUAUUCCGUUUAUAAUAUUGAGCAACGCCUGCAACUGCCCAACACUAACGAAAAGUGUUGUAAAAUUUGCAAAAAACUACCGGAACGCAAGAAGCGCAGUCGCGCGGCUAAGCAGAUCAUGUCCAACAACAAUAGCAACACCGUGCAACAACCGCAGGUCGCACCGCCCGCAGCCAGUGCGCUUCAUAUAAGGCUGUCAAUUACCGCAACUGAGCUGCCAGUUUCCGCCGGUACUCGGGUCAACAGCGCCCACAAAGCAGAUCACAACACACCAAUUAUUAAUGUAGCCGACAUUGCGCAAAGCCGCCGCCUAACACUGCGUCGCCUAUGCGCUGUGCUGCUAAUCUGCACGCUCUUCACCGCUGCGGAGGGCUGUGGUCCGGGUCGGGGUAUUGGUGGGCCGCGUAAAUAUCGCAAAUUGACGCCGCUGGUUUUCAAACAGCACGUACCGAAUAUGUCCGAGCGCACGUUGGGCGCUUCCGGUCUCAACGAGGGCCCCAUUAAGAAAAAUUCACCGAAAUUUAAGGACUUGGUGCCGAACUACAAUAGCGAUAUUAUAUUUAAGGAUGAUGAAGGCACCGGCGCUGAUCGCCUGAUGUCAAGGCGCUGCAAAGAAAAACUCAAUAUACUCGCCGUUUCUGUGAUGAAUCAAUGGCCGCGCGUGCGUUUGCGCGUCAUCGAAAGUUGGGAUGAGGAUAAUGCGCAUCACGUCGACUCCUUACACUAUGAGGGGCGUGCCGUCGAUAUAACAACAUCCGAUCGUGAUACCAGUAAAUAUGGCAUGUUGGCGCGUUUGGCGGUCGAAGCCGGUUUUGAUUGGGUCUACUAUGAGAGUCGAGCGCAUAUACAUUGCUCAGUGAAGUCAGAUUCACAACAGCUACCACACGUGAGCGGUUGCUUUGCGGCCGACAGCAGCGUACUACUCGAGAAUGGAGAACGCAAAACGUUGCGCGACUUGAAUAUCGGUGAACGUGUGCUCACCAUGGAUGCUGCGGGUCAACCCGUCUACAGCGAAGUGAUACUCUUCUUGGAUCGCAAUUUGGAGCAAGUGGAGAAUUUCGUACAGAUACAUACAGUUGGUGGCGCCACGUUGACAGUGACGCCGGCACAUUUAGUAUUAGUUUGGCAUCCGACCGAACAGCGAUUGGAGUAUAUGUUCGCCGAUCGUGUGCAGGAGAAUGAUUAUGUGUUGGUGCACGAUCAGUAUGGCCGCUUGAGUCCACAGCGGGUGCAGCGUUUGAAGGUGGCGCAUCGGCCGGGUGUGGUGGCGCCACUUACACGCACCGGUACAAUAGUCGUCGACUCGGUGACGGCUUCUUGCUACGCUGUGGUGAAUAGCCAAAAGUUGGCACAUUGGGGCUUAGCGCCCAUGCGUCUGUUGGCGACUAUGCGUGCGUGGCUGCCCGACAGCAACGAUGUGACGCCGGUGCAAGCGAAGAGUGUCGCUGGCAACUCAACGGUGUCGGCGACGACGCGGACGAAAGGUAUACAUUGGUAUGCGCGAUUCUUGUAUGCCCUUAAGGAUAUUGUGUUGCCGCAGGAGUGGCGUUACCAAUGACCUGGUGGACGCGUUGCUUAAACUGUUGGCUAUAUGUAAGAUGUGAUGGCAAGGUUUCGGUGUCAUUUUUGGCCUAACGGCUGCUUCGUCCACUCGCGAAGUGUCGUUCUUAGGCGCAAUCUGGCAUCACCAUUAAAUUAAAAAUGAAUACUUGGUAAGCGAUUUAAGUACUUUAUUGGAAAAAUUGUUGACCCCACAUGCUUAUUAAAGUAGUUUAUUGAUUAAUUAGUUCAUAAGUAGGAAAUCUUUUAAUUAUUUUAUUUAAACAAUCAAUUAACUAAUGUGUGAAAGUAGGUCAGUGUUAUGUCAUGCAAAAAAUAUUUAGUUUUUAAUUGCAAAUUAAACUAACUAUUUACUGGUAUUUAACUUAUUCGUGUAUGUAUGUGUAUGUAUGUG